AUGCGCGCACCCAUGUCUGCAGAUAAUGUGGAAUUGCAACAGCGUCUUUCCUCUUGCAGUCUUGGCUCGGUGUGGCAACAGUCAGAUUUUGGAGGGAGACCUGGGGGGGGGGGGGGGGGGUUGAAAAUAUCCUGGUUUGCCAUGUGUACCAGAUGUUUGCCACCACACAUUGAGGAUAAAAAGGGAAGGAUUAGGUGCAUUGCUGAUCUGGGGUUGGGGGCCGGUCAUCAUUGGUUGGUGGGCUUGCCUGACUAUGUUGCAUUGCAGAUUCGGGUUGCAGCGCAACGUGGAAAAGAUUAUGCAGAUGUAGAGAAGGGGGAAUUUAAAUCUUAUGCUUUCUUGUACAGUGCUGUAGUGCAACCGGAGUCCUGGCGGAUAUGCAAACGCAGAGUGAUUGUUUUCAUGUGA